AUGGCCCACAGCGGUUGGCUUCCUCCAACAAAUGACCGUGAUCAAUGGCUUCAGGUGGAUCUUGGUAGUUACAAUCGAGUAACACGAGUGGCAACUCAAGGGAGGGAUGGCUAUGACCAGUGGGUGACUUCUUUUGAGUUACAAUACAGUAUUAACGAAAUCACUUUCAAGUCUUACAAGGUUGUUGGAAGCAUUCCCAAGAGAUUUACUGGAAACAGCGAUAUGUGUAGCACACCUCUUGGAAUGGAAAGUGGAGCAAUCAAGGAUUCACAAAUAACCGCCUCUACACAGUGGGGUGACAAUCAUGCCACAUCAAGGGCCAGGCUGAAUUUAAAAUUUACUGGAGUAAAGAGAGGAGCCUGGUCAUCUCGUGUACUGGAUCUUAAACAGUGGCUUCAGGUUGAUCUUGGCAGCUAUACCACUGUGACUGGUGUCGCAACUCAGGGGAGGAAUGGAUAUCGGCCAGGGCAGUGGGUGACCAAGUACAGGUUGCAAUACAGUAAUGAUGGAGUGAACUUCCAUUUCUACAAAGAAAAAGACGACAACUCAUUCAAGCUGUUUGAUGGUAAUCAAGACACCGACAGCAGUGUAUAUCAUAAGUUGGCAAGGCAAAUUACGGCACGUUACAUCCGGUUCAUUCCGGUGGAAUGGCGAAAUCACAUCUCUAUGAGAGUGGAAAUCUAUGGUUGUGAAGGAUGCUUAGCACCGCUUGGUUUGGAGGAUGGAACAAUUACUGAUAUCCAGGUUAGUUCUUUUUUGCGACUGGAUGACAAUUAUUCACCAACUCAGUUAAACGAUAAAAACCCAUGGCUGCAGGUAGAUCUUGGCAGAUAUACUAGAGUGACGCGUGUGGCGAAUCAAGGGUUGAAUGCCAGCAACGAGUGGGUGACCAAGUACAAGUUACAGUACAGUGACGAUGGAAAAAACUUCCAUUAUUACAAGCAACAGGGUGACAACAAAUGGACGGUGCUGAAUGGGAAUAAAGGAAGUGAUACCAUUGUAUAUAAUAAUCUGAAUCCUCCAAACACAGCACGGUUUAUACGGUUUAUACCAACCGGCUGGCACAAUAAGAUCUCCAUGAGAACAGAGAUAUAUGGCUGUCCACGUAUGGCAAUUAUAAAUGUAGAGUUUAGAAUUUAG